AAAAGUUCUAAAAACUCCUACUUAUCUCAAGAAACAUCACAAGAAUUAGCAUUGUUACAAUCUCAAGAAUCGACAUUAUCUCAAUCAUCCCAAGAAUCAGCAUCAUCUCAAGAAUCAGCAUUAUUUCAAGAAUUGGAAUCAUCUCAGGCAUCAGUAUUAUCUUGCGAAUCAACACCACAGUCAUCAUCUCCAAAUACCUUCUGUGUACCUUUUAAGGAUACUGCACAACCAAAUUUACCUUUACAUUCUAAUGCAUCAAUUAAGAAUCCAACAUUAGGUGGCGUUAGAAAGUUGAAAAAACGAAAAACUACAAUUAUUAAUAACUAUUACAAUAUUACUAAUUUUAAAAGAACCAAAGAUAUUAAUAUUAUACACCGUUUAACAGAAUCUCAAAAUAAUAUUGUACGCUGUUCAAUUAAAUCUAAAGAUCUAAAAGAUCUAGUAAUGUCAUGCUCAAGCAUAAGAACUAUUUCAGCUUGCUUAAAGGCGUUUCAAAAUUGA